ACCCGUGGAUGCGGGGUCCACGGCGGGCAGUGCGCGUGGGAACUGCGCGGAUUCCACUGUCGCUGGAGUAUCGGUCUCGCCGGAGUCUCCGUCGUCCCACUGGAGUGUCCGUCUCGCGUCCACGGAGAUGCUCCUCCUGGUUCCGCUCCUCUGCUUCCUGUGGACUCUCGCGGAGACGCGCGCGGCGCCCUCGCUGCUCACGGCCGAGCAGACGAACAUGAUGGGCACGGAUUGGCUGAGCAAGUUUGGGUACCUCCCACCGCCGGACCCUGUGACCGGACAGCUGCAGACCAAGGAGGCUCUGACCAAAGCCAUCAAAGCCAUGCAGAAGUUUGGAGGCCUGGAGGAGACCGGCGUGUUGGACGAAGAGACCCUGGGCCUGAUGAAGACUCCACGCUGCUCUCUACCCGACCUCUCCGAGUCUGAAUCACCUUUGACCCGACGGAGACGUGCGCCGCCCUCCCAGUCCAAGUGGAGCAAGAGACACUUGUCCUGGAGGAUUCGGACCUUUCCCAAGGAGUCGCACCUGCUGGGCCGGGACACGGUGCGGGCGCUCAUGUACUACGCCCUGAAGGUGUGGAGCGACAUCGCGCCGCUCGACUUCCACGAGGUGGCGGGGAACCAGGCCGACAUCCAGGUCGACUUCACCAAGGCCGACCACAACGACGGCUACCCGUUCGACGGCCCCGGGGGCACCGUGGCGCACGCCUUCUACCCCGGGGACCGCCUCACCGCCGGGGAUGUCCAUUUCGACGACGACGAGGCCUGGACCUUCAGGUCACCGGACACCCACGGGAUGGACCUGUUCGCGGUGGCGGUUCAUGAGUUCGGUCACGCCAUUGGCCUGGCUCAUACCUCGGCCAUCGAGUCCAUCAUGAGGCCGUACUACCAGGGCCCCGUGGGCGACCCGCUCAAGUACCACCUUCCAUACGAGGACAAAGUCCGGGUCUGGCAGCUCUACGGGGUACGAGACUCAACAUCCCACACAGUUGAGCCUGACACCUCCCACAGUGCAGAACACCCCGUCCUUCUGGACCUCCCCGAGAACAGGUCCACUGUCCCGCCAGCUCGUGGCGUCCCAGAUAGGUGUAGUGCUAACUUUGAUGCGGUGGCCCAAAUCCGAGGCGAAGCCUUCUUCUUCAAAGGGAAAUACUUCUGGCGUCUGACGAGAGAGAAGCACCUGGUGUCACUGCGCCCAGCUCAGGUCCAGCGCUUCUGGAGGGGUCUCCCCACCACCUUGGAGGGCGUGGAUGCUGUGUACGAGAGGCCCGGAGACCACAAGAUCGUCUUCUUCAAAGGGAUGAAAUACUGGGUGUUCAAGGAUAACAACGUGGAGGAGGGCUACCCCCGGCCAAUCAGCGACUUCGGUUUGCCCACAGAUGGUGUGGAUGCCGCCUUCGUGUGGCCACACAAUGAGAAGACCUACUUCUUCAAGGACGGUCGCUACUGGCGCUACGACGACUACGUGCACCGCAUGGACCUGGGCUACCCCAAGGACAGCACGCUGUGGAAGGGGGUACCGCCCCAGCUGGACGAUGCCAUGCGAUGGUCCGAUGGGGCCUCCUACUUCUUCAAAGGGGCUGAGUAUUGGCGGGUGGCGGGCAGCGACAUGGAGGUGGAGGACGGCUACCCGCGGCCCGUCGGCAAGGACUGGCUGGUGUGCGCGGACAUGCUGUCGGACUCUCCUGCCCCGGAGGCAAACGGCACAGACGCACGCCCUCGGGGACGGCACCGCGCCAGCCACGCGGGCAGCAACUACGAGGUGUGCUCCUGCACCUCUGACUCGGCCACGGCUCUCUGGCCCCGUCCGUCCUCCCCACCCUUUGGAGUUCUGGUCUUGCUCUGGACGCUUCCAGUAACCCUCAAUACACAACUAUGAUGUUCGUACGUCACAGACUCACAGAUGAAAAAUCAAACGGCCGAUACGCGUACAGGACUUUUGUGGAUCUUUUUAUCCUCUUUUCUCCCAGUUAAGUUACUUAAGCAAAAAUGAUAUCCACAAACGACAACCAAACGUUAUUUCACAUUUGAUAUAUUCAUAAACACUGAAUAUUUAUUUUUUUACAUUUUAUUUAAGUUUCAAAGAGUACUUGGUUGUUACCAGGUGAUAUACUGUAUUUACAGUAAUAAGACUGAUACUACCAGUAGAGGCAUUUCGAAGUAGAACUUUUAAAAAAAUGACUAAUCAUUUCAUGUGGAAAAUUCCAGAUCUUACUGUUCAGCUUCAUAUAAAAGUAGAACUAAAGUUAUUUGAAUGGGGUGACCGGUACCCAGGAAGUGAGUGAGAAGCGGUCAAAUCCAUUGUACAGGAACAUCGUCAUGAUUAAUACGUAGCCAAAGGAUUUAACGCCCUGUUGGACGGGGCUAUUUGGUUAAACCUGGGUGGAGGCAUUAGACAGGAGGGUUGAGGGAACUCUGCUGUACAAGAGGAGGUUUCUCACACUGGGGUUUCUCAUUCGCAUGGGGGUCCUUGUGUCUUGCAAUACAAGAAAGAGAUGUUUCUUUUUUCCCCUCCUUGAUUUGCAAGCAUUUUCUUACUUUGUGUUCAAGUGCUUUAAUAGACAAAUAUUUUCACUAAUGAGAAUCUGAAAUUCAACAUUAUAUUAGAAAUAUGUUUAAGAACAUUUGACGGGUUGGAGAUGUUGCAUUUCACGUGUUUCAUUAUCCUUAUCGCUCUUUGUUGAUUUGGCUUUUCUUGCUUCUCUGUUUGUUUACUGCUUUUGUGCGGUCCGCCAGUCGGCUCCCAUCGGCAAAAAGUCCUAAUUUCUGAUAUGAACGCAAGCAAGAUGUGAUCUAACCUAUAACAGGAAAUAUGGCUAAAUAUUAUGGUGUCCCCUCAGGUCCUUGUUGUGAUAACGUAUUGCACUGUUUGUUUAAAAAAUGUUACUUUUCUAACAGAAGAUAUGUUUAGUUCUACAUCACUCGUAGAUAAAGCAAAAAUGAAAGCAUAAUAAUGGUAAUAAAAAUGUACAAAGAUUAUUAGAAAAUGUAUAAAUACAUGUAAAUGAUAUAUGGAUAAAAACAAGUAUUCCAAGCCAACUUUUCUAUUAUUUGUACAAAUAUAACUGGAAGCAGCUAUGAAGGAGUUCAGUUACUUUUUGUUAUUGACACUGUGAAAGUAGAAGGUUUUAUAAAACAGCCACACUGAG